AUGCCAGGAAUGCCUGGUCAGCCGGGCCGAAGCAUUUCAGAUUCAGAAGUCCGAGAUAUAUGCUACAAAAUCCUUAGAGAGCAGCUUGAAGAGUUGACAGCUAGUCUAAUGGGUCCACCUGGACCCCCAGGUGUGGGUCGACCUGGCAAACGUGGACGAGUCGGGUCUCCUGGAUCCCCAGGUGACAGAGGACUCCCCGGACCUCCUGGAGACCGGGGUUUCCUUGGAUUACAUGGCCUCCCAGGUCCACAAGGUCCACCUGGACCUGAAG